AUGACGAAAACCGUCAGGUUGGGCAGCCGGUUACGGUACCCCAUCACCGUCGUCAAACUUCACAAGCGGCCGGGUGACAAGAUCAAGAAGCAAGAAACCCUUAUGGAAUACUCUUUCAAGUGGAUGAAAGAGGUCGGCGAUACUAUCCGAGGCGAGACUUGGCAGCAGGAACAGACGACCAUCGUGACAUGGGAUUCGCCGAGCGACGGCGAGCUGACGCGCUGGUUCAUUCGGGAGGGCCAACAUAUCUUGUCUGAUAGGGUUGCCAUAGAGGUCAAAGAGGAAUGCUCGCACGAGAUCCAGUUCCAAGGCCUCUGCGGGAUGUGUGGGAAGGAUAUGACCGAGGUCAACUGGGCCACCGAGACCCGAGACACAGCGCGUGCUCCCAUCAACAUGGUACACGACCAAACUAACCUCACCGUCAGCGCGAGUCAUGCGCAGCGCACAGAACAGGAGCUGCAGCGGCGCCUACUCGUGAGCCGGAAGCUCAGCCUGGUGGUAGAUCUCGACCAAACCAUCAUCCAGGCGUGCAUCGACCCAACCGUGGGCGACUGGCAGAAAGAUCCCACGAACCCCAACCACGAGUCCGUCAAGAGUGUGAAGAGUUUUCAGCUGGACGAUGGACCUACGCAGGCAGCCAACCAAUGCUCGUAUUACAUCAAGAUGCGCCCAGGGCUCGAGUCCUUCCUCAAGCGCAUCGCCCAAAUGUACGAGUUGCAUGUCUACACCAUGGGUACGCGCGCAUAUGCACAAAACGUGGCACGCGUUGUUGACCCAGACAAGAAGCUAUUCGGGAACCGCGUCAUCAGCCGCGAUGAAAACGGCAGCAUCUAUGCCAAGGACUUGCAGCGGCUCUUCCCCAUCAGCACCCACAUGGUGGCCAUCAUCGAUGAUCGCUCCGAUGUGUGGCCGAACAACCGAGCGAACCUGAUCAAGGUGUCGCCAAAAAGGAACGACGCCGCUGCCGAAUCCGGGAAUAAGACCGCAGAGGUCGGCGACACCACGCUCUCGGAAUGGCAGGUCGAGGAGCAAAAGCGCGAGCUCGAGAAGCAGAUCAAGGAUCGUCCCCUCCAAGCGCUUCAAGAAAAGCUUGAUAGGGAGGACGAAGAGGCUGAGAAAGCAACCGUACAGUCUGACGACGGCUCCGAAUCACGUUCAUCAUCCCCUCCUUCCCAACGCCACCACAUUCUGCAGGACGACGACGACGAACUUGAGCAUCUCCAGAAGCACCUCACGGCUCUCCACCGCACGUUCUACGCCGAGUACGACAAUGACCGGAAUACGGUGCCCGACGCCGGGCACAUUCUCGAUGAGUUCAAGGCAAAACAAGGACAUAACUCACCUCGUCGUGAACACGGCCCAGCCCGGCAGGGAGAAGCUACUCGAGGCACGACGACGGCCCGCACAUCAAGAUCGUCAGCCCAAGGAAUGGCUGGCCGCCUGCUUCACCCAGUGGGCGGCCGUCGACGAGGCCCCCUACCUUUUCACCGCGCGCCUGAUGGAGGAGGACAAUCCAGAGCGCAAAGCCCCUCAGCAGCGGGCGAAGAAGAGGAGGAGGGGGACGAGAACGACAACAACCUCCCCAACGCCACCACCACCACCAUCACCACAAAAACCCCCAACGGGACCACACCCACCAAACUCCGCCUGGUCGCCGCCUCGGGCGCGACGCGCGCGCUUGCGCUCAGGACGGACGUCGCGGAGGGUGGCAACGUCGAUGGCGAGAAUGAUGACGAAGACGGUGACGACGAAGCAGGCCUCUUGCCCUCGGACCUCCCCGAUGGCGCCACAUCGCCUAUCGACGCCUUCAAGGAUGUUGAUUGGACGACGACGGACGCGGAGCUGGCUGAGUUUUUGGCGAGCGGGUCGGACGACGACGACGACGAUGAGGAUGAUGAUGGAGAUGAUGAGGCGGAGGAGAGUGGGGAUGGUGGGGAUGGGGAUGGGGAUGUGGAGGUGCGGGAUGCGCCGCCUGUGCCUGCGUCAAUGGCGUCGGCGUCGGUGGCGGUGGUGAGGAAGCGGAAGGGGAGGGAUGAGGAGGAGGAGGAGGAGGAGGAUGGAGAGAAUGAGAAUGUUGGUGGCGAUGGUGAUGAUGCUGAGGUUGGGGAGAAGGGGGAGAAUGGCAUGCCGGCGAAGCGGCUGCGCAGGACGGAGAGCCAGCGCGGCUCGUCCCUGCGCAACCUGUACGUCGCCACCGGCGAGGGCGCCAAUGAUAGCCCGGGGAGUGGCCUGCCUACCCCCGGGCGGUCGGAUGGUCAAGAUGUGGAUAUGGAGGGGGCACGUAAUACUGCUGCUGGUGCUGAUGCCGGUGCGGAGGAGGGGGGUGAGGAGGAGGAGGAGAUGGAGUUUGAUGUCGCCGAGCUGGAGGCCGAGUUCGAGGCCGAGUUCGAGGCCGAGUUUGACAAGGCUGAACUGGAAGCCCAGAUGGCGGCCGAACAGGCGUAUGGGGCCGAGGUGGCGGGCGAGAAGGACACGGCCAAGGGCUAG